CUCCCCUGCAUGAAAAACUAUGGCGAUAAAAUUCUGUUCUUGGUUUUAAUUCAUAAAGAUGAUUAUGUUGAGUUGACCUCAGAUUUAAGGAGUGAAUUUCUGAAGUUGUUUGAAACAUUGUUUCUAGAUAUGAUGGAGAUAGUUUGUUGAGGACUUUGUAGACAAACUGGCAGGUUCUAAAGUCAAUUCUCUCUUUGAUUUUAAGCCAUUUGAGAGAGCUAAUUAUUUCUGCAGUGGACAUUUCUUUGCUUUUUUCAGUAACAAGUCUUGCAGCUUGAUUUUGGAUUUUUUGAAGUUUUCCUAUAGAAUGUUUUGAACAGGUUCCCCAAAUUGUGGAGCAAUAGUCUAAGUGAGGUAAUAUGUAAGAGCUGUAGAAUAUUAAUCUGGUCUUUUGGUCAAGAUAUUUUCUGUUUUGUCGAAAAAUGUAUAAUAAAUAAACGACCCACAGAUGGACGUAUAAAAUAGUCAUGGUGCACUGGCUGUGACGAGAAAUAGCCCAAUGGGCCCACCGACGGGGAUCGAUCUUGAGGUUUGAAAAAGACAUUCCUUAUUUGUAUGCAUCUGUAUGCAGGGUAUGGUCCAGACAAGGAUUUCCCGUUAUGUGCAGUACACCUAGUAAUAGUACGCAACACACCACCAUCCCAAGUUGUUGCUAUAUGUGAGGUUUGAUUGUCCUGUAUGCAUCUGUAUGCACGAUAUAGUCCAGACAAGGAUUUCCUGUUAUGUGCAGUAGACUGUGAAAAGUAGGUCAUAGUGACCUAGUAAUAGUACAUGACACAACACCAUCCUAAGUUGUUUUUACAUGUGAGGUUUGAUGGUCCUGUAUGCAUGUGGUCCGGAAAUGAAAAAGUUAACAGACGGACGGACAACGCUAUACCAUAAUACGACCCACAGAUAGACGUAUAAAAUAGGCGUUCCUUGUCGGACGGACUUGGGCCUAUAGGCCGACAUUCCUAGCACAGUACAUGACGUGUACGCAUUGUCGUACACGUAGGUGACAGGCUAGACGUAAGCCAUCUGAAUGUCUCUAGUAUGGCUAAUACAUUUUUCCUGGAAGGAUCUAUUUUUCUGGGAGGUGUGUGCGAAGGUGUGACAAAAUUAUCCAAUGGGAUGGCAUGUUGCUAUUCGGCUGUUUCCGUAUAUCGGGCUGUAGAAUAUAUUAAUUAGGUCAACGUGUCACGGCCAUAAACAAAUUGAGUCUACUACAAGCUACUUUUGUCCGAGAUCAAUUCACUCGUCUGACAGAUUGGUUUACUAUUGUACCACUAACGGAUCAAUUUUUAUGUAAUCUCUAGCCUGUAGGCCUGUGUUGUUUAAAGUAAUUAAGUUGGCAAUAGGGGAAAUAAUAACUGGUAUGUGAGACGUCUUAUCUCGCGUGCGUGGAAAAAAGCUCGUUUGUUGUUGUUGGACGGUGCCAGGUUGUUUUAGCAAUAAUUUGGAAUUGUUACUGAUCUAGCAAGUGAAAUUAAAUGAGAGGUCAAGCUCAAUCACCCAGCUUUUGUUAUCUGAGGCCUGAAGAAAUAGAGAGUGCCAAUGUUCUCGACCAUCUUCAGUCUCCUUACAGCGGCCAGGCUAAUUUGACCUCCACCCUCGAGACCCGGGCCAUAGCAUGGGCCCCCGACUACUCCUACUUCGCGUGGUCGUGUGGUAACCGCAAGGUGCAGCUUGUGCCCUGGAAGACAAGCACAAAACCUUCCAAUAACAAUAUCAAUGAAAAGGAUGAGGACACAUGUCAGCAGCCUCGAUUACUUGAUUGUGGAGAACAUGUGUUUGCCCUGGCGUUCGGUGCCAGCAAGAACCAGCAGAAGGCACACAAGUCUGUCAAAGUGUGGACACGAUUCAAUUUCAAUGGAGGUCUGAUACUGGCCACUGGACUUCAGUCUGGUAAAAUCAAGUUAUGGAACUGUUCUACAGGUCAGUUGUUGAUGGAGUUGCUAGACCACAAAGAUGUCGUGCGUGACUUGGAUUUCACUGUCAGUGGUGAUCUCCACCUUGCUAGUGCCUCUCAGGAUGGGUCCAUCAAGCUGUGGGACAUGCAUAUGGAUGGCAACAUGUAUCAUACAAUACGACCAAAGUGCCAUGUGGUUUACGGUUGUCACUGGUCCUAUAAAAGAAAACAUCUGGCCUGUGUGGGAGAUUCCAAAUGUGUAAUGCUGUAUGAUGCAAAGGAUGUUGAGAGUUUUUCAAAUGAACCACGCAAGCUGGUGGGCCAUCAUCAUAAUGUUGUGAGCUGUGAUUUCUCCAAAGAUGGGGCGCUGCUAGCCACAGCCUCGUAUGACACCAGGGUGAUAAUUUGGGACACGGAUACCGGUGAUGCUAUUUGUGAUUUACACCAUUUAUUCCCUCCACCCCGACUGAUCUAUGCAAGUGGAGCGAAUGACCACUUCGUGCGGAGUGUUUCGUUUAGUUGUAACACAACUCAUGUUGUCACUGUGGCUGAUGAUGGGUAUGUGAGAUUUUGGAGUCUCUGGCAUGACGGUGAUCCGGAAUCGAUAGCUGAAAAUCACAAUGCCCUUUGCUGCAAGUACUCACCAGAUGGCGCUAUGAUUGCAGUAGGCGGUCGAGAUGGAACUGUUGAUUUCUACUCGAGUCCGACAACCAUAAACAGCUUACAGCAUCUCUGUCGAACAAACAUCCGUAAACAUCUGACCACACAGCUUGUCGAUUACCUUAAUAUUCCACUGCGUAUGAAGGAGUUUCUCAAGUACAAAGACCUGAAGAAGAACUCUACUGUGACCUAGUUGCCGGGGGAGACACAAGGCUUCAUCAUAAUCCACAGCCCAUUUGGGACAUUUGAAGAAAUACUCGUGUUUGUAAAUAUUAAAUGGACUUGGAUACAAUUAGAAAUUUCACUUGUCCUUAAAAAAGAUGCACAUAUUUUUCUAAAAGCCUGCACAAGCAUUGUUGCUGUUGUUUUUUUACAUUUUUUAUUAGGCAACACCAAGUAUAAUUGUUUGUUCUAUAAAUUUUUGCUCGCCUUUUCGACAAAAAUUUAAAAAGUCCAGGUUGCUUUGCUUGAGGGAUUUUUCUCCACCUAUUAUGAACAUUUUAUACAAUUAUGUAAUCAUAGUUACAAUGCAUCAUCUGUAAGCAGUGUUACAUAAGCAGGAUUUCCUAGAAAAAGAAACUAUAUAAAUAGAUGCAAUUGUUUUAACUUGCUUUGACUUGUAUAUGAAUGUCAUUUUGUGGUGUGUUUUUUUUUUUAUCCUUUAGACUCUUUUUAUCAUAUAGAGAGUCAAAAGCUUUGAGUCCUUGGUCCAUCCCGUUGCCAUGGUGUUGAGUCUUGACUAAUCUCUAUUGAUGUGACACCCAAACAAUUUGUCUGGCAUUGCCAUGGUGUUAGUCUCAGACUCUUAUUAGUCUUGAGUCUAAACUCUAAAAGUUUUAUAAGCACUAAACCUUGAUGUUGAAGUUGCUUUGUCAUCCUAAAGGAAUAAGCUGCUCCUCCAUUCAACAAGUUCCUUCUAUAUCCUAAAGAAGUUGUUCCUUCCUAGAGAGAAAUGUCACCCCAUUCUAGAGGGACAAGUUAAUUUUUCAUCUCCGAGAACGAAGUUGCUAAAUUUAUUUCAGAACCAAGAGAAAUAUAAAUCCUUAAAGAAUUGAAAAUGUGACUUAUUCAUUUAUAACAAAGCAACAUGUCCUUGGAUGAAGAAGUGAUUAUACACUCCAUGAUAAAAAUUCAUAGUCAGACUUGGAUGUUUAUGCUUGGAUUAUGUAUUUUUGUACAUCUGGUGUGCUUAUGGUUGUUCCAAUCUUUAUCAAAAGUUUUAUUUUGACCAUUAUGUGUGUUAUAAUUGCAAUAUUGUGAUAUUGUGUUUUUGUAACUGCAUUUUAAAACUGCAUCCCGUUGAAUCAUUAAAAUAUUUCCAGUUAGAUCAGAUAAUUUUGUGUUGGGGAAUCGACAAAUUUUAAAGUGAUAAUGCAAUGUGAAAUAAAUAACGAGUUUAUAUUUCAAGAAGGAAACUCAGUUUUUGUCUUUGUAGAAAGAGCACCCUUAUAGCUUUAAAUUAUGAAAGCUCAUUGAGAUAUUUUUUAUAUUCAGGGAGUCCUUAAAACACCUUUUUUUUUAAAUGAGCUAUAUUUUCCUUUAGUAUUGAAUCAAACAUUUUAGUAUUUGAUCAAACAGUUUGAUUAUACAUGUAUUAUGUAUGUGAUUACUUGGUACUGGGAUAUCAUUUUAAUUAUGAAAGUGUAAAAAAAAAUUGUUGUUACCCUGUUACUCAUUUUGUUUUAUUGAUUUGUUAAAAAUUAAUGCUACCCAACUUUUUCAAUGUACUGUAGUAAUAUUUAGUAUUUGUUAAACAAUGUUCAUCCGUGUCAAAUUUUUCUUCUUCUGUUUUUUUCAAUGCUUCUAGUCAAACUACUUCAGAUUUUAUGGACAUUUCAGACAAUUCAGACAUUUCAGACAAUUUCCCCUUAGUAGCAGUAUUUAUUGCAAUAUGAAUUUGAAAUGAUUUGACAGGUUUUAAUUUUCAACCAGCUGUAUAAAUGUGGCUGGUUGCUUAAUCAGUGUUAUUGUGCUAUUUUGAUAGUGUCUUUUCCAAUGUCUCAGAAUAUUUUAUACAAUACCAGUUUAUUUUAUACAGAUAUUUGUUAGCCAGAUAGAUAAGAGCAAACAUUAGUGUUGAAAUAAUCCAAGAAAUUAAUUUUUCAAAUUCUCUUUCAAAAUAUGUUUUAAAACUAAAAGUGCAGCCAACAUGUAUUUUUUAAAGAUGAAAUUUAAUGUAUUAUUUUUGUGCCAUAUGUAUUAGCAGAUUGUAUUCAAAGAGUGUCCUGUCCAGAUUUAAAAUCUCUGUCAAAUGUCUGAUAUUGUAAACCAUUCUUUUAAAGAUUAAUUCCAUUUGAACACUAAUUAUAUGUGUACAUAAUAGUGCACUCUAUCAUUUCUUUUUAAUUUUACUUAUGUUAAUCUUGUGCCUGAAUAAUUGAAUGUUUUUGUCAGUUUGAAAUUUAAUGUUUAUGUUUGUGAACCAACUUUUUUACAGUAGUUAAAUUGAAUUCCAACAGUUUUUUGGCAUUGCAUAUUUGAAUCUCUAUUUUCAAAGCUUGCUUUGCAUGUACCCACUGAUAUUUACUAUAGUGCUACCUCGUAUUUUUGCCAUUGUUUGGUCAAAUUUAUAGCUUUUGCUUGAUAUUAAACUUCAACCCUUCUGAAAUAAAAACUGAAUCAAAGAGAAACAUUUGCCAUGUUUGAGUGUUUUUAGACUGAUGUUUUAAAUCAAAUACCGGUAGGAUAAAAAAAAUUGAAAAGAGAUUAUGUCAGAAUGUUGGGAUUGUAACAAAUAUUAUUUAUGCAUAUUCGUUAUCAAGGGUUCGACUAUUUUGCUGUAGUAGAUUGAUGUGUCAUUAACCAUUUCUUCCUCAAGGUACAUUUACUGGGGUGGGGUAGGGGUGGGAGGUGAGGGAGGGUGUAUUUCAUUUUGGAAGUGAGGGGUUUGUAUUAUUUUCUAAUAUUGUUGUUACCUAUUACCUGAUUUUUGUUUGGAAGUAAUUUAAGAAGUCGGGGUUUUUAAAAAAAAAAAAUUAUUUUGUUGUUUUUUGUUAUAGUUUGUUUUGUUGUUGACAGUAUUGUCUUUGUGUUAACUAAGUUUUGAUUGUACAGAUUACUCAAACCGAUUUGAUGUGUAUAUGGAUUAUUUUGCAUUAUGUAUAAAGGCAGGAUAUGGAGCGUAUGGUGUAUGCAGUAAUAUUACAUUUAUCUGCUUGGAUAUAUGAAUACAUGUACUGUGGAAGCAGUAUAAACCGGAUUUGUGUUAAAAUAAGCCCCAAUUUAGUAGUAAAACUCUGAAUAAACUGGAAAAUGUCCAUUCCAGAAACCGGAUGGACUUUUUGGAUGAGAACGUUAGAUGCUUGAUAAGCUAACAUGGAAAAAACUGAACUACUAUAAAUAAAAGUGAACUUCAGCUGAAUAAACAUGUCAUAAUGAUGACUGGGUAUUGAACCAUGAGAAUAGAUGCAAUUUUGGUGAUCAAGACUCACACUUUACAACAACAGAUUAAUUAAAAAUACAUUUUGCAUUGCUUCAUUGUUAUCAAUUGUAUUCUCAUAGUGGUGUGAUAGUUAUAAAAAAAGAGUUAACUUUCAAUAAGCCACCAUAAAAAUUUAUUAAAACAGUUUUAUUACUUUUACAACCAGAUGAAUUUAUAAUUUAUCACACACACACCUUCUCCCCAUAAGGUAAUCAUAUACAGUUGAUUAUUCUAACACAAAAUUGCACAUAUACACACAUGCAAUACAAACAACACAUGUAGUGACUUUAAAUUUUGCAUAUGUUUAUUAGUGUAAUACAAGUUCUUGUUUUGGGAUAUAACGGAAUGAUUCAACCAGUUCUAAUUUCCGACUUUUUUCCCCCCCCGACAUGAAUAUGGUCUAAAAUGGUGACUGGAAUACCAGAUCUCUCUCUAAACCAGAUAAAUGUUGAGAUCCCAAGAUGAUCUAGUUAAGACAGGUUGUAUAUGUAAACAAAUCAUUACCAUAUUAUAUGAUACAUACUUUAAAAUCAUGGGAUUUUCACAAGCCACAAAGUGAAGCUACAAAUGCAUUAUUUAGUUAGUUCUUUUUAUAACCAUAUUAAAAUAUUGUGUACAAUUAGUUUUUAGAAUGAUGAUUUUCGGAUGUCAAAAUUUGGUUAAAGUUAUCUGAAAGUGCAUACCAUGACCACAUUUCCACUUAUGUUUUGGUCCCCGUGUGUAGAGACAUCAUUCUGGUAUAUGAUGUAAAUAUUUUGGAUACACUUGCAAAAUGUUAUUUUAUUAAAGCAUGGUUAACAGGCAACAUUUUGUUCAGUGUUGCAUCGCAAUUCUUUACGCAAGCUUCAGAGAUUACUACACAAUUUUAAAACAUAAUGUAAUUGCUAGUCAGUUUUUAAUUGACUAGAGAUACAUUUUGUUCAAUAUAUUGCCACGAUUCACUACGCAAGCUUCAGAGAUUACUACACAAUUUUAAAACAUAAUGUAGUUGCUAGUCCGUUUUUAAUUGACUAGAGAUACAUUUUGUUCAAUAUAUUGCCACGAUUCACUACGCAAGCUUCAGAGAUCGCUACACAAUUUUAAAACUAAACAGUAGUUGCUAAUCAAUUUUUGUGCACAUAAAUUUUGCAACUUUAUGUUGAGUGCUAACAACACAAAAUAUGUCAUGGUUUACAGUAGUUUAUUAUAAUAACUAUCAAAAAUAGAUCAUAAUUUUUUUCUUCCCUUGAAAUGCCUCCUUUUUUAAUAUACAUCUUAUAGAUGUAAUUAUUUAACUCACAUAACACUCAAAAUGUUUCAGUGUAUUAAAACAUGGUGGAAGACAUCUUUUUCAUGUCAAGACUUUCACCAUACGAUAUACAUUACAGGGUUUCUGACAAAGUACAAAGGGUCAAAUUGCGUAUGUAAAAUCUUGGAAAUUAAUGGAUAUAUUUUUAUAAUUAAAGUAUUAAUUAUAGUAAGAAAACUG